CAAAGAAACGGAGAGAUAGAGAAUCAUGUUUAAUCCUAAACAAAAAUUUGGCAGUUUUGCAAUCGCAGCAACAUCACUCUUCGCUGGGGUUAUUUUGUUGUACCACUACUGCUCCUCUUUUUCCUCCAAUGAAAUAGCCUUAUUCCAGAAAGAACAACUCUGCAAAAAAACAAAUUUUAAUACCACCAACAUUGAAGCAUAUGGAGAUGCCCUUGAUUCUAGUUUGGCUAAAGCCUCAAUGAGAAACAAAACAGUGAUAAUUGUUGUAGUAAACAAGGCCUAUGUAGAUCAAGAUGUAGAGAGUGAUAGCACUAUGCUUGAUUUUUUUCUUGGUAAUCUUUGGCUUGGAGAGGGAACAAGGUCUCUUGUUAAUCACCUUUUGAUAGGAGCAGUUGAUCAAACAGCCUAUGAUCGGUGUCAAUUUCUGAAGUUGAAUUGCUUCAAAUUGGAAAUAGAUGGAGUUGAUUUUGAAGGUGAGAAAAUCUACAUGUCUCAAGAUUAUAUCAAAAUGACGUGGAUAAAGAUUCAAUUUGUGUUGAAAGUUCUCAAACGUGGCUACAACGUUGUUUUCACGGACACUGAUAUAAUGUGGUUAAGAAACCCAUUUAUUAGGUUAAGCAAGAAUGAGACAGAAGAUCUCCAAAUUAGUACAGAUAGAUAUCUUGGUGAUCCUUGGUCAAAAAGUCCAAUCAACACUGGAUUUUACUUUGUGAGGUCAAAUAACAAGACUAUUUCCCUAUUUGAAACAUGGUAUGAUCAAAAGGAUAAUGUCACAGGAAAAAAUGAUCAAGAUGUGCUUUUGGACCUCUUUGUAAAUGGUAUAAUCAAAGAUUUGAGGCUUAGAGUUAGGUAUUUGGAUACCCUUUAUUUUAGUGGAUUUUGUGAAGAUAGCAAAGAUUUUAGGGAAGUCAUCACCGUCCAUGCCAACUGUUGUAGAAGCAUCACUGCAAAAAUGGCUGAUAUGAAGAUGGUUCUUCAAGAUUGGAAGCGAUUUAGGAGGUUGGGGGUUAAUUCUACUGUGAAUCCCCAAUGGACUAAGCACAAUUGGUGUAAUCAAUCUUGGAGAAACCUCUAAAAAAUAUCUUUAAUAGUAUUUGUAUGAUAAUGGAGAACAUUCAUGCGUAACACAUGUAUUAUCACUACAACAAAAUCUAU